CCGCGGCCACCAUUCGCCAGUUCACAGGCGCAAGCCGAGCGAGCGAGCGUGCCGAGAUGGCAUCCGCAGCCACCAUUGCUUGCCUGCUUCUCUUUGCUCCCCUGCUCACCGCCGCCGCGACCACCAUUCAGCAGUCCAACGGCAGUGCACUCGCGGCCGCGGCCGCGAACUACCAGAUCGUGCGAGCCGACAUGGCACCCGCGUCGCCGUCCUGGGUCAUCCUCGGUAGCGUGCCGCGGGUGGCGGCCGCCGACGCCGACCUCCCUCAGGGCGCCGACCUCUCCCUCGCGCUGCCGCCGCCCCCGCGCGUCGCGCUCCUCACCAUCCCCUCGCGCAUCUUCCCGGGCCGAACCACCUCCGACAACUUCCCGUCCGUCCUCGCCGCUGACCCCUCCGGCCUCCUCCUCCUCCACGCCAACCAGGGCCGCGCCACGGGCCCCACCGUCAUCAACACCCCCAGCCUUCGCGAGUUCAGCUGGCGCCCGUUCGUCGCCGGCUACUUCGUCCUCGAUGCCACCACCGCCUCCGCCCGCCCGCUCCCGAAACCGGAGCUCAUCAUGAACCGGGAUCACCUCGGCCUCAUCUCCUCCCCCGGGGGCGGUGGCCACUACAUUGUCGCUCAGCUCCAGCAGAUCCUCGGCCAUGGCAAAGCCAUCCUCCUGCGCUUCUCGUCGGAAGCCGGGGAAUGGGUAACCAAGUUCAUCGGCUACCCGCUCCCAGCCCGCCAGUUCGCCCCCAACGGCGUGGUCUCGCACGCCGGGAGGCUCUGGUGGGUCGACCUCUACUGGUGCCUCCUCACAUGCGACCCAUUCGCGGACGAGCCGGUGCUGACAGCCGUCCCUCUCCCGGAGGGCAAGCAGCUCAAGUUCAUGGAAGCUUGGGGAGUGCUCGACAAGUACCGUUGCGUGGGUGUCAGCAGCGGGAAGCUGCGGUUCGCGGACAUGUACUCCAGGAACAGCGCUGCACAGGUCAGCGUCUGGACGCUCGCCGAUCCGGACACCACGGAGUGGAAGCUGGAGUACGAGGCCACGUUUGCGGAGAACUGGGACGACGCGAGCUACAAGGCGACUGGUCUGCCCAGGAAGAUCCCCGUGCUUGCGCUCAUCCACCCCACCAACCCGGACGUGGUCUACUUCUUCCUCGACGAGCAUCUGCUCGGCGUCGACGUGCGUGCUUGCAAGGUUGUGGAGUGUGAGGUCUACGAGCUGGUGGCGCCGCCUAGCGAACACGUCGCCACCAGUUUCAUUCACGCUUGGCAGCUGCCACGGGCUCUCAGCUCAGGUUCAGCAAAGAAGACCGAGGGUGUCGUGAAUGACGAGCUGUGAGGCGAGAAUGAGGAAUGAGAACCAGGGUUAACUUCUUAACAGGUAGGGGAAGUACGUAGUACAUCAAGCUAUCAGGUGGCAUGCACUCGACUCAGCGAAAUCGGCAACAUGGCUGAAACGUUUUGCUUGUUUUCUUGUCACUGCUUAAGUUCAGAUGUUACCACCGCUACUCUUUAUAAUUCUGCUAUAUAUAUAUUUAUAAUUCUGCCAUAUAUAUGCUUGAUCCGCCGUCUUGACA